AUGGUGCUAUAUGCGGAUCCCUCACAGUAUCGUAGUGUUGUUGGCGCUUUACAGUAUUUGUCACUGACUUGUCCAGACAUCUCUUUUGCCAUCAAUAAAGUCUGUCAGUUCAUGCACAAACCAACUGAACUUCAUUGGUCAGCUGUGAAACAGAUCCUUCACUAUUUGAAGUUCGCUAUCAAUUUUGGCCUCCAAAUUCGACUGAGCUCCUCCACUCAGCUCUCUAUUUACUGUGACGUUGAUUGGGCUGGUUGCCCAGAUGACCACCGCUCCACUUCUGGAUAUUGUAUUUAUUUUGGUCUCAACUUAAUCUCUUGUAGCUCAAAAAAGCAGCCAAUUGUUGCCCGCUCAAGUACAAAGGCGGAAUACCGAGUUGUUGCUCAUGCUACUGCCGAGUCACUUUGGCUUUAG